CUGUGGGCAAAAACUCACAACGGUAUCAAAGCGAAGCAAAGAUGAAGUCAAAUGCGGUCCAUAAACUUCAAUGAUACAAAAGAGACAGAUAAAAUAAGAAGCGACGGACUAUCCCGUUAGGAGAGCGAUCUUAAAAGACUUUCUUAAAUUACCAUGCUGUCACACAUCGUCUUAUUUUUCAUGGUCUUCACUAACCUACACCGGGCUACAGCUGAUGGCUGCUUGGAAUCAUCAUGCGGCAAGUGUGACUGCAGCGGCGUGAAGGGAUCGAAGGGCGAGCAAGGACUGCCCGGUUUGCAGGGGCUCAUGGGCUUUCCAGGACUGCCGGGGCCAGAGGGCCACCCAGGGCCAAUGGGAUCAAAGGGAGACCAAGGAGAGCUCGGUGCUCCAGGACCUAAAGGAAUACGGGGUCCUCAUGGUGUUGCAGGCUACCCAGGAAACCCAGGUCUUCCAGGUAUCCCGGGACAGGAUGGGCCUCCGGGCCCACGUGGAAUUCCAGGGUGCAACGGGACGAAGGGAGAGCGAGGCUUCGAUGGAACCCCCGGCUUGUCUGGUGCGCAGGGACCACCUGGUAUUUCUGGAAGUCCAGGCAUGAAGGGUGAGCCAGGCGGUUUGACUUCGGCUUACAUCCCAGCAAAGGGCGAGAAGGGAAGCCCUGGACACCCAGGCUUGAGAGGACCUCCUGGCAACCCUGGUUUCUCUGGUCCAAUCGGACCACCAGGACCAAUGGGAAUGGGCGGCGACCCUGGUCCACCUGGUCAAAAAGGAGAGAAGGGGAACAUGGUGAAUUUCGUUGGCGAAAAAGGAGAGAAGGGUAUUCAAGGGCUCCGAGGUCCUCCAGGUCCUCCAGGAGAGUUUCCAGAGAGAGAAGGUCCUCCAAUCACAUACAUUAAUGGACCCAAGGGUGACUCUGGUGAGAAAGGAGACAAAGGAGAAAAAGGCUUUUGUCUGCCGUACCUGCAUGGGUUAAAAGGGGAACCCGGUCUGCCAGGGCCCAGGGGUAAACCAGGCAAGGAUGGAGAGAAAGGAAUCAAUGGGGAGGCAGGUUAUCCUGGAGAACCAGGGCGCAACGGACUGCUGGGCCAAAAAGGAGAGAAGGGUCUUCCUGGGAAUGGUUAUGCUCCAGGUUCUCCUGGACAACGUGGUCCGCCAGGCGUGAAAGGAGAAAGAGGUCCACCUGGUAGUCCAGGAGAUAUUGGUCCACCAGGCAGACUCGUGUUGGGUCCACCAGGCCCUCCUGGGUUACCAGGGGAGAUCGGUCAGAAGGGGGACAAUGGUGCUGAUGGCUUGUCGCUACGAGGACCGACUGGCCGACAGGGGCCUCCAGGACCCCCCGGUCCACCCGGGCCUGUAGGUGUUUUAGAUUGCGAUAUAAAACACGGACCCCCCGGCCCCCCUGGCCCUCCCGGUCUCCAGGGAGAAGUAGGACAGAAAGGGGACCAAGGAGAUGUUUGUGUGAAUUGCCAGGCCGUUGGAUUUCCUGGUCCUCCGGGGCCUCAGGGGCCUCCAGGACAUCAAGGUUUCCCUGGGCCAUCCGGUCCCAAAGGAGAAAGUGGUGAACCUGGAGCCCGUGGUCCUUCAGGGAAUCCUGGUUUGGAUGGCUCCAGAGGUCUGAUGGGUGCUCCGGGUGCCCAAGGAGCACCAGGUGACUACUUAGUGGCACCCGGACUGAAAGGCGACAAGGGCAACCCAGGCUUUAAAGGCACCAGAGGAUCUCCAGGCUUCAACGGACUUCCGGGGAAAGAAGGCUUGCCAGGUUUGCCAGGAGAAAAGGGAGAACCGUCAACCAUGGGCACUAAAGGAGAUCGCGGCAAAGACGGGGACUCGGGUCUGAUUGGGCCCCGCGGAGAGAGAGGCCCCCCAGGCCAGACCGCAUUUGGCUAUCCUGGCAUGCCUGGAGAUAAGGGGAGUCGUGGGGAAUCAGGUAGACCUGGAGCACCAGGGCGGGAAGGCCUGAAAGGUGAAGCUGGAAAAGGGAUUAGCCUGCCUGGUCCACAAGGUGCACCUGGGUCCUCGGGGCCGGUGGGAAGGCCUGGGAAUCCCGGCAGUCAAGGGGAACAGGGCACCCCUGGCUUUCCCGGUCAGCAAGGACUGAAAGGUGACAAAGGGCUGCCAGGCGUUGGCCAAGCUGGUCUGCCUGGGCCAAAAGGGUAUUCGGGGGUCCCGGGUGCACCAGGACUACCAGGAGAACCAGGUCAACACGGAAAGGAUGGACCUACUGGAUAUUCUGGUGACCCUGGCCAAAAGGGUGAACCAGGCCGAGGCCUUCCAGGGCCUAAGGGCAUCAUGGGUCCCCAGGGAACAACAGGGUUUCCAGGUGAGAAGGGAAGGGUGGGGCCACCUGGCAUCCCAGGGAAAGAAGGGCUGACUGGCCAUCCAGGACUUCAGGGAAUUUCAGGUGACAUUGGACCACCUGGGAAGCCUGGAGUUGAGGGCCCUCCUGGGCCUCCAGGGCCAGGUGACCCUGGACCUCCAGGACUGCACGGGCCGCCUGGUGCUCCCGGAAACACUGGACAACCUGGUGUGAAAGGAAACAAAGGUGACCCAGGUGGGCCUGGGUUAGAUAUGCCUGGACCAAGGGGAGAGAAAGGUGAUCAAGGGUUCCCUGGACACCAAGGACAAAAGGGGUCAGUAGGUCAUCAAGGCCCUCCUGGCAGAGAUGGAUUCCCUGGGCUACAGGGUCUUAAGGGAGAAAGGGGAGGUAUCGGAAGUCCGGGAACUCCUGGAUAUCAGGGUGCUUCUGGCAAUCCUGGCGCCCCUGGGCAACGAGGUGACCCUGGUUUGCCUGGGCUGCGGGGCAACUUUGGAGAGCAUGGACCUAAAGGAGAAAGAGGAGACCCAGGCCUACGGGGGCCUCCUGGAAACAUGACCGACAGUGAGAUGAACAGCAUGAAGGGCGACAAGGGUGACGCUGGGGAACAAGGCGUCCACGGGCAUACCGGACUGAAAGGGUAUCACGGAGAGCCAGGGCAGCCUGGAAUGCCUGGAAAAGACGGAAUGCCUGGAUCACCUGGUCAGCCAGGUGAUAAAGGUGAUCGCGGUGAACCUGGGGACCCCGGGAGGACGGGAUAUCCUGGAUCGAAAGGGAAUGCUGGAGAUAUGGGACUUCCAGGAUCAGAUGGACCAAAGGGGGUUAAAGGAGUGGCAGGAACCCCAGGGCACCGUGGGUUGUCAGGCACCACUGGGGAUAAGGGGCAAAAGGGAGAUGCUGGCUUACCAGGAAUUGGGAUGCCAGGACCCCCAGGAGAGAAGGGAGAGAAAGGCUUCUCCGGUUCAAUUGGAUUUCCGGGGGAAAAAGGCCAGAAAGGCAGGAUGGGUGAUCUUGGAAUGCCAGGCACGAAAGGAACGAAGGGGGACAGGGGCUACGAUGGCCCCCAAGGAACUCCUGGGCAGCCAGGCGAGAAGGGAGUUUUCGGGCUGCCCGGCGUACCAGGGGAUCCAGGUUCACAAGGCCGACCAGGUGAAGCAGGUCGGCAGGGCCCACCUGGGCAACCUGGGGAGAAGGGCCUGCCUGGACAGGAUGGUAUCCCAGGAUCCACUGGGGAGCGGGGUGAUUCAGGUUUACCCGGCAGAGGUUUCCCUGGUCCACCUGGACAAGCUGGAAUUAAAGGUGAAAAAGGCAGCGAUGGUCUCCCAGGCAUCUCUGGAAUACCUGGUGUCCCUGGGACUAAAGGAGAUAAGGGCCGGACAGGAGACCAGGGCCAGCAGGGGCAGCCGGGACAGCAGGGAUUUCCGGGACCCUCCAUGGAAGGACCCAAAGGGGACAGGGGCCCCCCUGGAGGUCUGGGGUGGCCAGGUGAUAUUGGAGCCCCUGGGCCAGCUGGAGUUCCUGGAAAUAUCGGGGCUAGAGGAGAUAAAGGAGACAUUGGCUUCCAAGGGUCUCCAGGCUCCAAAGGAUUUAAGGGUGACAGAGGAUCUCCUGGCUAUCCUGGAGCCUACGGUCUGCCUGGCAUCAAUGGACAGAAGGGGGAGAAGGGGCUGCAUGGAUCGCCUGGAUUCCCAGGACUGAAAGGGGAUAAGGGCUUCUUGGGAACCAAAGGAGAACAAGGAGACAGGGGCUACCCUGGAGCUAAAGGUAACGAGGGCCCACCAGGGCCACCUGGCCCCCAUGUCUUUAUAAAAGGGGACAUCGGCCCCCCAGGUCCUCCAGGGCCACAGGGGCCUCAAGGGAUCCUGGGACAUCCUGGGAUGAAGGGGUAUCAAGGUAUGACAGGACAGAUGGGUAUCAAAGGAGAAGAAGGCCAACCAGGGUAUGAUGGCAGACCAGGGGUCAAGGGUGAACCAGGUCCCAUUGGGCCUUCCGGUUCUCGAGGUUUCCCAGGCCCUCCGGGACCAGACGGCGUGCCUGGGCCGGCUGGGCUUCCGGGACCUGCUUCCAAGGAACAUGGGUUCUUGGUGACACGUCACAGUCAAUCGGUGGAAUCAGCCUUGUGUCCGCAUGGCACCACACUCUUGUAUGAGGGCUACUCUCUCCUAUAUGUCCAGGGCAAUGAACGUUCCCAUGGACAGGACCUGGGAACAGCCGGGAGCUGCCUGAGGAAGUUCAGCCCCAUGCCUUUCCUCUUUUGCAACAUCAACAAUGUCUGCAACUUUGCAUCGAGGAAUGACUAUUCCUACUGGCUGACGUCACCUGAGCCGAUGCCCAUGAAUAUGGCUCCCAUUACUGGGGAGAACAUCAAGCCUUUCAUCAGCAGGUGUGCUGUCUGUGAGGUCCCUGCUAUGGUGAUCGCAUUGCAUAGCCAGUCUCUCCAUAUCCCAUCAUGCCCUGUGGGCUGGGACUCCCUCUGGAUUGGCUACUCCUUCGUCAUGCACACAAGUGCAGGAGCCGAGGGAUCUGGCCAAGCCUUAGCCUCUCCCGGAUCCUGCCUCGAAGAGUUCCGCAGCGCGCCUUUCAUCGAGUGCCAUGGCCGAGGCACCUGCAACUACUACGCCAACUCCUAUAGCUUCUGGCUGGCCACCAUUGAAGACAAUGAGAUGUUUAGGAAACCCGAACCUGCGACAUUGAAAGCGGGAACCCUACGGACCCACAUCAGCAGAUGCCAGGUCUGCAUGAAGAGGACAUAAUGCAGUUGUUGCUUUGACUGAGGUUUAACAAACAAUGGUGCUACUUGAUGAAGUGAAGGACAGGUUUAUUUCGGGAAUAGGCGCUGCCCCCCCCCCCCCCCCCCAAGUUACAUGCCAAAACUAUAGCGCAGCGAACAGAAUACCAAGUUGCCAGUCCUCCUGGUACCUAGCUCACCAAGGAUGGCUGAGAGACCCAGCCGAAAGCUUUCUUCAUUCAAUGGCACUUUGUUUAUUACUGCACUGAUAAUAUCCUAUGUAAACAGGUGUCCAUUUACGGUUGCGUGUGUAUCAGGUGCUACCCAAUAUCCAAUUUACCUUUCAACGCAUUCUUGUACUUCUGUUGGUCCCUCGUUACAUUUCUUUCCUUUUUACAGAUGAUAUCUAACUUCAAGUUCUAGACCUUUUAUUUAAAGAUGUACUAAUGUUAUGAAAGGGGUUGGUACAGGAUACACUUUGUUGUAAAUAUAUUGACUAAACACAGCAAAUACAAUUCAGACAACCAUAUCAAUUUAUAACACUUUUUUAUUUAUGAGGGAUAAAACAUGUAAAAUGGAUACAAUAAGCCAAAGGAUAAAUAAAGAAUAUGGCCAAUAUAAGUAAGUUAUUCCACUGUGAGGUAUAACAUAAUUUAGGCACAUAAGUUAUAACAUAAAGGAUUAUGUAUAGCACAGAAAGUGAGGUCAUGGCCUUCCUGUGCUUGUCUAUUCUCCAAAAACCAGCCUCCCCAUAGCAAGAGGUGCCAAUUGUACACACAGCAAGUGAAGAACCUGAUGCUCUCGGCUUAGCUUUUUGUGUAGUAAUUUUCAUGGGACGUAACUGAUCAACAAACACACUUCCCCCGGGCUCUGAAUCCCCAUGUUUGCGUAUCGUAUCCUUCAUGGUUUUGUAGGUUGAAUGCACAUACGCUUAAUAAACCACGCAAAUGCAUACACACACACACGCAUACACACACACACGCAUGCACACACACACGCAUACACACACACACGCAUACACACGCACACACACACACACGCACACACACACACACACACAUCAUUCCUGCACUGAAGUACUUGAUUUUUAAACUCAUUUCCUUCAGUUUUCCUCAGUGUAUAAAUGCUAUGUUAUGUGGCUAUUCUCAGUUUGGCAGGUGUUAGUUAGAUAGUUUAUUGAUUAAUUUCCGAAAUUUUUACCGGAGAGUAGUUGGUAUAAAUAUGAACAAAGGAUGCUGAUACACUUAAGGGGGAGGGCAAGUAUUCACCUGGUUACAGUGUCCCAGUGGUCCUUCCCUAGUUUAACACAGUCACAGCUCUGGAGAGACACUGCUUGGUGCCUAAGGUGCGUGCAGUGUCCAAUACAGUGACAGAAGUGCCAGUGAACUGACCUCAGGCACAGUGUGUUCCUUCUGGACAUCCUCUUUCAGAUUUACCACAACCUCUAACACAUGAACGUGGCCAAUCAUUUAGGUGAUUUUUUUUAAAUGGGGGAGAACUAGCUUUAUUGUCAGGUUACUCAUAUUAACACGUAAAGCUGGAGAGCCAGCUUGUAUUCCCACCUCCAAAAUCUGUAUUGUAUAAAUCAUACAAUAAAAUAAUUUUUAUAAAAUUA